AUGGCGGCGCAGAUGCAGAGGCCAGACGAUGUUGACGAAGAAUACGAUGAAGACUACGAUGUGCCGCUCCACCACAAAAAGCCGUUUGGCGCAGGCAUCCCGCGGAAGCCUAUCCAGUUCGUCAAGGCUUCAGACCCGACACUAAGUACGACCAAACCAGAGAAGACAACAAAAUCGGGCUCAUCAAUAGGUGACUUCUAUCUCAGCCUGGUUCUUCCCAAGAAGUCCGAGGAAACUCCAGUACCGGAGGCGCAUGUAUGCGCCGUGUGCGAUCUGCCCCUCGAAGAGGAAGCCGUGAAGCAACUAAGUAAGGAAGCGAACGGCAAAAAAGAUGCCACCGCAAGGCAGAAACACGAAGCAUCCAUCGCUCAUCAAGUAUGCCUGACACACUCACAUCCACCGUCGGCACUGGACCGCACGCGCAUGGGCUUGACGUACCUCUCAUCGCACGGCUGGGAUCCAGAUUCACGGAAGGGCCUGGGUGCGGCGGGACAGGGUAGGCAAUACCCUAUCAAGACUAAGCAGAAGGAAGACAAGUACGGUCUUGGAUUAGAGAUUCCGAAGACGUUGGCGGGUAGAAUCGAGAAAAAGAAGCCCCAGACGCUGGAUGCGAAGCAAUGUCGGAAGAAGGCAGACGAGGACAAGAAGAAAUCUGAGAAGUUGAGGCAGAUGUUUUAUGGAAGCGAAGAUAUGGAUCGAUAUCUUGGAACUGGUCGAUGA